ACCCGCCUCUGCCUCCCAAAUGCUGGGACUACAGGCGUGAGCCACUGCGCGCGGCCAAAGCCAGCUUUCUUUUGCAGGGGCCGAGACCUGGCACCAAGAGUAAAUCCAACAAAAGACUAGUGGGCCCGGGCCCGGCAGCCGCAGAAGUUUAUAGGCCCGGAGCGUGUGGCACCAUCUGCUCUCGUGACCAGUGCCCUAGGCUAGAGCUUCGGCGAGAUCCGCCCAAGGGAGAGUGGCGAAGUCUCCUCGGCCUUUCCAAGAGGAAACAGCUCAGGCCCCGAGGCCACGAAAUAUUGUCACUCGCUGGAAGCGCGGGCCAAGCCCCGCCCCCGCGAGCCGCCUCUUCCGCUCGCGCUGGGGUGGGGUUUACGCGGCCGCCGGGAUCCGCUCGGACGCGGCCACGUUGUCUUGCGCGCUUUGCCCGCCUGGCCCUGAGACCCUGACCCUCAGCUACCCGUUCCUGCCCCACUAGCGUGGCCGCGAGCCUCUGUGCGCCGGCCGUAUUCCCGCGCUCGUUUAGGGGGCACAGGCGCAGGGAGCGGCCGGGCCACUCUGAGCCUUCGGUGCGCGGGCGCGCUGGGAUACGGGCCCGAGAGGCGCCGCCCUCCGUCCGCUCGGUGCCUCUUAGGAACAGCGAACCGGAGAGAGCGCCGGAGAGUUGGGCUCCGUGCAGAGCUCGGCGCCGGGGCCCAUGCCCGUGCGCCCCCGCAGGCCGGCGCCAUGGCCUCCGGGAGCGUGGCCGAGUGCCUGCAGCAGGAGACCACCUGCCCCGUGUGCCUGCAGUACUUUGCAGAGCCCAUGAUGCUCGACUGCGGCCAUAACAUCUGUUGCGCGUGCCUCGCCCGCUGCUGGGGCACGGCAGAGACUAACGUGUCGUGCCCGCAGUGCCGGGAGACCUUCCCGCAGAGGCACAUGCGGCCCAACCGGCACCUGGCCAACGUGACCCAACUGGUGAAGCAGCUGCGCACCGAGCGGCCGUCGGGGCCCGGCGGCGAGAUGGGCGUGUGCGAGAAGCACCGCGAGCCCCUGAAGCUGUACUGCGAGGAGGACCAGAUGCCUAUCUGCGUGGUGUGCGACCGCUCCCGCGAGCACCGCGGCCACAGCGUGCUGCCGCUCGAGGAGGCGGUGGAGGGCUUCAAGGAACAAAUCCAGAACCAGCUCGACCAUUUAAAAAGAGUGAAAGAUUUAAAGAAGAGACGUCGGGCCCAGGGGGAACAGGCACGAGCUGAACUCUUGAGCCUAACCCAGAUGGAGAGGGAGAAGAUUGUUUGGGAGUUUGAGCAGCUGUAUCACUCCUUAAAGGAGCAUGAGUAUCGCCUCCUGGCCCGCCUUGAGGAGCUAGACUUGGCCAUCUACAAUAGCAUCAAUGGUGCCAUCACCCAGUUCUCUUGCAACAUCUCCCACCUCAGCAGCCUGAUCGCUCAGCUAGAAGAGAAGCAGCAGCAGCCCACCAGGGAGCUCCUGCAGGACAUUGGGGACACAUUGAGCAGGGCUGAAAGAAUCAGGAUUCCUGAACCUUGGAUCACACCUCCAGAUUUGCAAGAGAAAAUCCACAUUUUUGCCCAAAAAUGUCUAUUCUUGACGGAGAGUCUAAAGCAGUUCACAGAAAAAAUGCAGUCAGAUAUGGAGAAAAUCCAAGAAUUAAGAGAGGCUCAGUUAUACUCAGUGGACGUGACUCUGGACCCAGACACAGCCUACCCCAGCCUGAUCCUCUCUGAUAAUCUGCGGCAAGUGCGGUACAGUUACCUCCAACAGGACCUGCCUGACAACCCUGAGAGGUUCAAUCUGUUUCCCUGUGUCUUGGGCUCUCCGUGCUUCAUCGCUGGGAGACAUUAUUGGGAGGUAGAGGUGGGAGAUAAAGCCAAGUGGACCAUAGGUGUCUGUGAAGACUCAGUGUGCAGAAAAGGUGGAGUAACCUCAGCCCCCCAGAAUGGAUUCUGGGCAGUGUCUUUGUGGUAUGGGAAAGAAUAUUGGGCUCUUACCUCCCCAAUGACUGCCCUCCCCCUGCGGACCCCGCUCCAGCGGGUGGGGAUUUUCUUGGACUAUGAUGCUGGUGAGGUCUCCUUCUACAACGUGACAGAGAGGUGUCACACCUUCACUUUCUCUCAUGCUACCUUUUGUGGGCCUGUCCGGCCCUACUUCAGUCUGAGUUACUCGGGAGGGAAAAGCGCAGCUCCUCUGAUCAUCUGCCCCAUGAGUGGGAUAGAUGGGUUUUCUGGCCAUGUUGGGAAUCAUGGUCAUUCCAUGGAGACUUCCCCUUGAGGAGGUGAAUUCAGGCCAAAAGGGCUGUUGGCUGUAAUCCUACGCCAGGCACAAGGCAUCUUGUUGCCUUGCCACGUCCUGUCACAGCUGGGUAUCCUUACCAUGUUCCACGCCCUUGCAGUGGGAGACAGGAUGUCCAUGUUCUCUACCAUCCUUUUCCUUCCCAUGCAGAUUGUGAAAUGUAAUGAGAUGUAUCAAGAUAUCCUAGAAAUAAAAACCAGAUGUCCACCUCCAGUGUUUCACACUUUCUGGUUUUACACAUUGCUGGAAGGAUAAAGAGUAUGGAUAAUCUUUGGAUUUGGAGAGACAUUCAAGAUACUUCCAGCUUCUUGGCUCAGCCUGGCUUCCUCUGGUUCAGCCCCACAUAAUGAUUAUGGCGAUUUGCUGUCAUUUCUGGGCUAGGGCUCCUUUCUAACAACCUAGACUGGAACAAGGCCCUGUCAGCAUGGCUCCCUUUAUCCCAGUUUUUCCUCUGGGAACAGUACCUCUGCCCCUGAUUCCCAAUCUGCCAUAGUUUUAUUAACUCCAUUAAAGAAGCCUGUAUGUGUUUUGGUUAAGUUACAGUUAUUUUACAAUAAUAGUGGGUAAUGGCCCCACCUCUGUUAUGAGAUAAUGUUCUAAUCAAUGUCUCUGCCUUUGUAUCUUUUCUGAGGGCUUUGUCUGCUCCCUUCAUUCUAAUGAAAGGUGUAUUCUAGUGCUGGGUGCAUAUCAUCCAGGAUAAUAUUCUGCCCAUCUCCAUCCUCUGUUACUAGAUCCCUUACCAGUCACAUUUGUGGACUGGUGGCCAGUCGUAUACCAUCCCUGGAAGGAUUCUGGGACAAUAUUCCAGGGAUUCAUUCACUUCUUGGGUCCUUUUCUCCAUUUCCUUUGGGGGAAGGGGGAAUUGACCAUUCUUAAGUGCAUACUAUCAAGGGGCAGCUCCAUCCCCAUGGCCAUUGGAUCAUGAGACACUCUGAAGUCAGAAGGCUGGGGCAGAUGAUUUCGAGCAAGCCCCCAUGAUGGUUCUCACUCCUGCUUCUCUUUGGGUACAUGCCCCUCUGUUUAAAAAUAAAGUGAACAUGGAUGUUUA